GGGGACAUGGAUGAAGAUAAAAAAAAUCAUGUACGUGACACCUUGUUGCGGGCACUAAAGGACGGCAUUCAAGCCCUUAGUGUGUCCAAUUUUACCUUUUCCGGACACAUUGUUUGUCGUGAUGAACAUUGCAAAGCGAUCGUCGAUUUUUUCAAAGAGCCUGCUCACCACACUAUGCAGCUUUUUGGUAUGCCCGGAACUGGCAAAACUGCUACAAUUCACUAUGCCCUCACUCAGUUCGCUACUCAGGAGUCCGGAAGGCCUACGGCAGUUUUUCUUAACGGCUAUGUCAUACAAAAAAGUACGGAUAUUUACUGGACUUUAUUUUCUCAUCUCAUGCAGACGCGUCUUGGAUACACUGAAAAGUGUCCGGUUGAUCAGUGCUCUUCCUGGAUUGAAAAGCGAUUUCGAAAUGGUUGGGGGUCCAACCCCUCUUUCUGUGUCAUUGUGAUCGAUGAGGUUGACAAGGUUCUUGAAAAGCAUGCCAAGGCUCUUUUUAAAGUCAUUGACUGGCUUAGUUUGCCUUUUUCUUAUUGCAAACUUAUUACCAUAUCCAACUCAAUGGAUUUAGCAGUGGAUGCAAAGACGAAAAGUCGCUUAGACAUCACCAAGCAGCUUGUUUUUCUUCCAUAUGGUAUCCACGAACUCAAGAAAAUAUUGGUAUCACGUCUGAGUGGUAUCACGCCUAAACUUUUUUCGGAUCAAGCCACAAACCUGUUGUGUCAUCAAACAGCAUCUCAUUAUGGCGAUGGCAGAAGACUGCUUCAGUCUGCUUCAGCAGCGGUGUGUCGAGUCGUUAUGAAGAUUGAAGAAAAUAACUUCCCAUAUGUUCCUGACGAAGCGGUUAUUACUGUGAAAGAGGUUUACGGUGUAGUACGACAAGUUUUUCAAGAUCGUUUUGUUGAAUUUAUUAAGGCUAUCCGAUCCCCUGCUCUCUUCAUAACUGUAUGUGUGCUGGCUAAGGAAACAGAACAAAUGCAUGCUCAUUCUAGUGAAGGUAGUUCUCGUCUCCUUCUGGAACGCUUGUUUGUUGUUGUUCGCCAGCUACAAAAGACAUAUGGGAGGUCACAUGUCAGCUUAAACCGUGCAUCGUUUUUGGAAUUGAUAGUACUUCUCCAACAAGUUUGCUUGAUUGAUUUAUCAUCUGGGGACGAUCAAAUACCUAUAUACGCUCUCGACAUUCUUUUAGAUAGCUCUAAUGAUGAUAUUUUUGUUUCUUUGCUCCAGCCUUUUUAUGCAGUCAUUGAUGCAUGUCGUCUGCACGAUCAUUUCGGAACUCCGAUUGCUUCCUACAUCUUGUAGGCAACCUCUGGGCAAUUAAUGAUAUUCUGAUAAUAGAUAGAUAAAUUGGUUUUAUCUGAAUAUUAUUCUUCGACUCUUCAAAAAAGCAACACCAAUACAA